UUUGACUCUUUUUCUCUCCAGCAGUCUCUCUCUCUCUCUCUCUCUCUCUCUAGAAUCUUAUUAGUAAAUUUGUACAUUUAUUUUCUUCAAGUGAAAUUAGAAGGCGCCAUGGAAGGUGGCUCCACCGCAUCUCCGCCGUUCGAUGCGAGCAACCCGACGGCUGGCUCCAGCGGCGGAGCCUCCAAGUUCCUCGCCAACCUCCCCUCUCGCGGCCUCUUAUCCUCCACCAUUCUCUCCUCGAACCCGGGAGGGAUGCGGGUUUACAUUUGCGAUCAUGACACAUCACCUCCAGAAGACCAGCUUAUAAGGACCAACCAAACAAAUAUAUUGAUUAGGUCUCUAAUGCUUAAGAAUCAAAAGGGUGAUACAAAAGAUGGGAAAGGCACUUCUUCAAAUCAGGGUUCCAGGAAAAGGGCUGCUGAGAAAGCUUUGGAUAAGGCUGCAGGAAAGAAGGCCAUGUCCAGUACUCAGCUUGGUGCUUCUCAAGAGGCAGCAUUGCGCGUGCUUGACAAAGAUCUACAGAGCCUGACAGUAGAGAGACUCCGUGCUCUUCUUAAGGAGAGAGGCCUUUCGGUGAAGGGGAAAAAGGACGAGUUGAUUGCCCGCUUGAGAGGUUUUAAUGGCUAGAGGGAGAUAGAGCUUGUGAGGUUGAGAGGCUAAUUCCUCAAUUCUGUAUCAACAUCACAUCUAGAAAUCUAGCUGUAAUGAGGAACUUGGACUAAAAAACAUAUUAUAUUUUGCUGCAACAACAUUUUGUAUGUUGUGGUAAUGCAUGUUUUAAUGGCUAGAGGGAGAUAGAGACUUAUGAGGUUUUGAGGCUAACUGUUCCAACUCUGUAUCAACAUCAUAUUUUGGAAAUUUAGCUGUUAAGUAGUGACUAUGUACCUUUGAACUAUAAAACAUAUAUGUUUUGCUGCAA